AUGGCGCUGGUGCCCAACCCCAGCGUUCUGGGUAUCCGGAUCUGCCGGCCGAAAAUCAUAUCUGACUACCCUUUGCCCGACGAAGAAUCCAAUUCCAGAUCUUAUCUGCUGAAGAAGAUCGGCUCCUUCUACCGCAAGGCGCGGAGGCGGCUCGACAGCCGCCGCCGCCGCGUGCAGGCGCACGGCCUCUGCGUCGGCCUCCUCGACCCGGUCUCCAACAUCGUCAUCAACAGUAUCACCGACUCCUGCAAAGGUGAGCGCAAACGCGAGGGCGAGGUUGUGCUACAGGAGGACCUGCGGCGCCGUUCGCUUGACGGCCUGGUGGUCUUCCUCACCCGCAUGUUCCCCAACCUCGCGGAGGGCCUGGCCGUGCGCUACCUGCGCGUCGCCAAGGCCGACGUCCUCAUCGCUGCCUGCAUCAUCGUGUCGGACCACGGCAUCAAGGGAUUCGGCAACUCCGAGGCCGAGCCUGCCCUCAUCAACAUGGCCCUCAAGUGCGCCGGGCUGGCCGCUAGGCACCCUGACCCCAAGCGCCUAGUCUACGCCUGGCAAAAGAUCUGCAAUUGCAUGGAAGACGCCCUGGGCCUGCUUGAGAUGAUCCAGGAACCAAGCCGCAUCUCGCAGGUCAUCAGGCAGCUCGCCUUUAUGGUUACCGAGGGACCGCCGGCCAGUGAAUUAGCUGUGCGGCGUGCGUGGAUGCUCGCAGAAGCUUCUGUUCGCCGCCGUCCCCGAAGCUUGCAACAACCGCACACUCACUUGUGCAGCCGGACGCUCCAGGACACAAUCCACGGGUACUAUCUCGAGGCCCUCGCUCGGCUGCCAGCAGGCUCUUGCUUCCACCGCAGCCUGAUCAAGGCUGGCCACUGCUACGGCCCCCUUGACCCCGUCUCCAACAUCAUCAUCAACACCAUCUGGUACCACACCGCGUUCCCACCUUCCAUGAAACUCGAGCUGAAUGCGAUUGGCACGCGGAGCCUCCACCGAGUGGCGAACCGCUCCUUGUACGGUCUGGCCUCCUUCCUAUGCACGCGUUACCAUGGCAUUAAUUUCCAUCAAGCUGUGUGCCUCCUGCUCCAGGCAGAUGGCAACCUGGCGCGCGCUGAUCCCUUCCUUGAUCCUGAUUCCCACCUUCCCUAUGGUCAAGUUCAAUGCCACCCGGACACCGGUCCCAAAGAAGCCUUCCUGGCAGCUGCCACCGCAGCCUGUCACCCCAACCCAGACGCUCAAGUAAAGUUUCUCACUUCGUGUAAGGAGGUGCUGGAGACUGCCUUGUCUUUGCUGCGUCGGGACUCUCACAAGCUCUCCACUCAAGAUGUUCAGCAGCUUGCCAGGUUGCUAUCUCCGGAAUCCCCCUAUGAUCAUGACUCUGAGAUGGCACUUCCUCCACUCCCCCUCAAAUCUUACCCCCUUGUGGACCUAGCGGAUCUGUAUACAGUAGUCUCCAAGGGGGUCAAUAUUUUGUUGAAUAAAUAUGAACAGAUGCCAAAUGGGGAUCCCAGGUACGAGCUUCAUACGAUUUGUGGUGUGAAUGAGCGGGUUGGCGGUCCUGCUCAAUGGCCUCCUCAUGACCGUGGCCGCUUUCACGUCAACUUCCUGGCUACUCCCAAAAGCCCCUGUGGUGGAAAACCAACAUUGUUUUUUGCUGAAAUUCAAAGCGAUGGCACAUAUGAUUCCUUCUGUUGCCCUGUGGCUCUGCCUCUGCCAUGUGCUGCACAAAUUCGGUGUGUUUACUGCGAAGCCAUGGGGACUAGAAUUGUGCAUCCAGUUGCGAUAAACUUCCGUGGCCGUGAUUCGGCGUUUGAGAUGCUGGCCCGCGAAAAAGACCCCUGUCAGCGCGAGGAAGCAACCUUGAGAAUCAUCAGCCAUAGACGUCUCAUGGCGGAGAAUGUUCAUUGCAAGGAGAAAGAAGAUAUCCUCUACGAUGGGGUGGAUGGGCACAGGAAUAAGUUUGAUAAUGUGAGUUCCUUGAAGGUGGAAGAAGCUAUGUUAUUGGCACCACUUUGUCGCUAUCUGUAA